UUUACACAAAGAGGGAAAGAGAGAGUCAUAAAACUAGGACUUUGUCAUGUCUCCUUCAUCAUCAAUAAAAGAAGUUGUCUUCUAAAAUCAUCUCCCAAUGAAUUGAAGAACAAGAAGAAAAAGAAGAAGAUGUCAUCAGAAAACCCUAAAGGAGAUGAAAUGAAGCUUCAUCUAACUCCAAAGAGAAGUUCAAACAAGGACAGGCACAAAAAAGUUGAUGGAAGGGGAAGAAGAAUUCGAAUGCCUGCUCUAUGCGCGGCUAGGAUCUUUCAGCUAACGAAAGAAUUGGGUCAUAAAUCGGAUGGUGAGACAAUCCAGUGGCUCCUACAGCAAUCAGAACCGUCUAUCAUAGCUGUAACUGGAACUGGGACAAUUCCAGCAUCAGCAAUGUCAACCUCUGGUGCCUCUGCUUCAGAACAGAGGAACUCUGUUUCAGUCGGUUUUCAGUCUAAAAUGGAUGGUUGGACUAUGAUGAAUGGAAAUUUAAUCAGAUCCCAUUUGAACAAUGGUUAUUGGCCUUCGACUGUUUCAGGAGGAGGAGGAGGAGGAUUUUCUGGUUCUGGUUUCACCCAAAACCCAUUGACUGAUAAUUCGAAUUUCCCAUCCAAAGUAGUUGGUGUCCAUGGAUAUGAUCAUCAAAAUCAUCCUCAUCCUAAUAUAAGUAUAGGGCAAUUGAGUUUCUCAAGCCUUUUGAGUGGAAACGGGCAUCAAUUUCCAGGUUUGGAGCUUGGGCUUUCUCAAGAUGGUAAUUUUGGGCUUUUGAGUCAAUUGUAUCAGCAGAUGGGGCAGGGGAGAGGAGGAGUUGAAAAUGACAAGGAUGACUCUCCAGGACCAAAAUGAAGAAGAAGAUUUUAUAUGGAGGAACCAGAUUAUGAUGAUGAAGAAGAAGAAGAAGGGUAUGUUUUUAGAACUCUUGGCACUUUAGAAGUUUGUUUCAAAUGAUCAAUGAAUCAAACGAUUUGUUGUUUAUUUGAAUUUUCUGGGUUUGAUUAUUAAGUAAAACUUAUUUUUGUACUUACUAAGAACAAUUGCAAGUAUAGCCAAAACAAAAUUAAGAAUUCAGUUGUGUUGUGAUUCUGUAACAAGUGUGUCAAUAUAUUUAUUUGUGAGUUAAUUUGAUUUGGUGCUUUAAGCAUUGA